GCUACUCCAAAAUUCAUCACCUACCUGUGUGUUAAACCCUCGCCGCGAGAAAAACCCAAACCCUAAUUUUUGUGCGAUGGUUCUCACUCGUAGCAAGAAGAGGGUGGCGAAAUCUCAAACCCCUCCGUUGAAGAGAGCGGAGAAGCCCCAAGCCCUGGCGUUGAAGAGGAAGGCGGAGAAGCCCCAAGCUCUGGCGUUGAAGAAGGGAGGAGCCAAGUCCCAGAAGACACCUCCGCUGAAGAAGCAGAAGAAGGAAGUCGUCGUGGAGGAAGAUCCUAGCGAAGACGACGACGAAGAAGUUUCCGAUGAUGCAGCAGCCUCUACCGAUGUAGAAUCUGAUGAUGGAGAGGAAGAAGGGUUAGGCUCUUCCGGGUUUUUCUCCGAUGACGAUGGAGAAGAGAACGACGACGACGGUGAGGAGCUCUUGGGUGAUGACUUUCUGGAAGGUAGCGGCGAUGAAGAGGAGCAUUCGGAUUCGGGUUCGGGUUCGGAUUCUGACUCCGACGAAGGCGAUAUUGAGAAGGAGUCUAAACUUAUUGAUGAGGAAGAAGCAAAGGAGGAGGAAGACGCUAAGGCUGAGCUCCUUGAUUUCAACAAGGAAGCUGGAGACGAUGCGUUUCGGUUACCAACUGAAGAGGAACUUGAAGAAGAGGCUCGUGGGCCACCAGAUCUACCUCUACUUCAAAGUAGAAUUAAAGAGAUUGUUAGAGCUCUGUCAAACUUUAGCGUCUUGAGGCCAAAUGGAGCCAGCAGGAAAGAUUGUGUUGAACAGCUCAAAUCUGAUAUUGCUUCUUAUUAUGGCUACAACAGUUUUCUUAUUGGAGCUUUGUUUGAGCUGUUUCCUCCUGUUGAACUUAUGGAAUUAGUUGAAGCCUUUGAAAAGCAAAGGCCUACAUCUAUCCGGACAAACACACUUAAGACUCGAAGAAGGGAUCUUGCUGAUGUGCUUCUGAACAGAGGAGUCAAUCUUGACCCACUAAGCAAGUGGUCAAAAGUCGGACUUGUUGUUUAUGAUUCACAAGUGCCAAUCGGUGCAACCCCUGAGUAUUUGUCUGGAUUCUACAUGCUUCAAGGUGCUAGUUCGUUUUUGCCAGUGAUGGCCCUUGCCCCUCAAGAGAAUGAGCGUAUUGUGGAUGUAGCUGCUGCUCCUGGUGGUAAAACUACAUACGUUGCUGCUCUAAUGAAAAAUACCGGCUUGAUAUUUGCGAACGAGAUGAAAGUACCUAGGCUCAAGUCGUUGACUGCCAAUCUGCACCGCAUGGGCGUCACAAAUACCAUAGUCUGUAACUAUGAUGGAAGAGAGCUACCCAAGGUGUUAGGUGAGAAGUCGGUUGAUAGAGUACUGUUGGAUGCACCUUGCAGUGGAACUGGGGUCAUUUCGAAAGAUGAAUCAGUUAAAGUUUCCAAAUCUCUGGAGGAAAUUAAGAAAUUUGCUCACUUGCAAAAGCAACUUUUACUUGCUGCUAUUGAUAUGGUGGAUGCCACUUCCAAAACCGGUGGAUUUAUUGUGUACUCAACAUGUUCACUUAUGGUUGCUGAGGUUAGUGUCCUGAUAUGUUCCCGCCCAUGUUUGUCUCCCUUAUGUCUUUAUGCAUCCUCUUAUUUUUUUAUGUUGCAUGAAAACAAAAUUGCGCAGAACGAAGCUGUCAUCGAUUAUGCUCUCAAAAAGAGGAGUGUUCAACUCGUUAAAACUGGACUCGACUUCGGCCAAGACGGAUUUGUAAGAUUUAGAGAACAUCGAUUUCAUCCAUCUUUAAACAAGACCAAACGUUUUUAUCCUCAUGUACACAACAUGGAUGGAUUCUUUGUUGCAAAGCUAAAGAAAAUGAGUAACAUGAAACAAGCUUCAGAAGAUGAUGACGAGGCGUUAGGAACUGUAGAUGAAGCUGAUGUGCCCAGUGAUGAUGAUGAAGCUGAGGCCAUGGAAGAGAUGGAGAAACCCAAGAAAACUAAAGAAAGCAAGGAGGGACUUGCAAAAUCAAAGGAGAGCAAAAAAGGCAAGAAAUCAAAAUCUAAAAAAGGUGAGGAUCCACCUAAAAUAAAGAAGCAAAGGAAGAACAGAACUGAAAUGAGGAUGGAGAUUUCUCAAGCUAGGGAAGAGAAAAGGAAAGCAAUGAGAGAGAAGUCGAAGGAGAAGCAAUAAUUCAACAAACACUAUCUAUCAUGGUGAAGUUUAAGGUGCCAUAUAUUGGCUUGUUGUUUUCAUUUAUUAUUUCACGAAUUAUUUGUGUAACAUUAAAAACUAGAAGCCAGAGAGAGCUACACUCUCUUAGACUCCAAUGGAAAGAUCUUUUAUGUCCAAAAGUUUUGUUUACGAAGAGUCAGUGAAGUUGAGUUGGAGUCUUGAGCCA